CGGCCGCGGGGAGCGUGUGCGCGCACAGCGGGGUCAUGCGGGCGGCGGGCGGGAGCGCGCGGGGCCGCGAGCCGGGGUCCCCGCCGCGGCGAGGCGCCCCCCGCACAAAGCCCGGGGCGGGCCGAGGCCGGACCGCGGGGACCCCGGCCUCCUUCGCCCGCCCUGCCCGGGGAAGGCCGCGCGGAAGGAAUGGCUUCACAUCCAAGGGCCAGCGAGGAACGGUGACCACGGGGCCUGAGAACAGAGCUCUGCCUGCCAGGGACACUGCCCUUCUCCAGGAGAGGAGGCACAAGCAGGAGGCAGCGGGGACAGGAAUUGAACUGAAAGCCGUGCCCCCGAGCUCGGUGACGUUUGGGGAUGUGGCCGUGGACUUCUCCCAAGAGGAGUGGGAGUGGCUGGACAUGGCUCAGCGUAGUCUGCACAGGAGCGUGAUGCUGGAGAACUACAGGAACCUGGCGUCGCUGGGACUUUGCGUUUCUAAGCCCGAUAUGAUCUCCUCACUGGAACAGAGGAGAGAGCCCUGGAUGGUGAAGAGCAAGUCGACUAGAAGCCCGUGCCCAGACUUGAAGGCUGUGCUGGAGACCAAGGAGUUACCGUCAAAGAAGGACUUCUGUGAAGAAAAGUUACCUCAGGCAGUGCGAGUGGAGAGACUCACAAACUGCAGUCUGCAGUGCUCCAUAUUCGGGGAAAACUGGGAUUACGAUGCUCUGUUUGAGAGGCAGCCGGGCUUGGUGACCAUCACAAAUAUGGCCAUAGACUUCUCCCAGCAGCUCGAGCCAGCUCAGAAGAGUUUCUGUAAGGGCGUGAUGUGGGAGAGCCAUGACCUGGGGUCAGUAGGACGUUGUGUUUCUAAGCCAGAUUUGGUCUCUUUACUGGAGCGAGGGAAGGAGCCCUGGCUGGUGAAGAGAGAGCUGGCAAGAGGCCUGUUCUCAGGUCAACAGUCUAUACGGGAGACGCAGGAAUUAUUUCCAAAGCAGGAUUCAUUUGCUGAAAUGGUAACAGACAGAACUUCAAAGACUAAGCUGGAGUGUUCCACUUUCAGAGAAAAUUGGGAUUCUGAGGGUGUGUUUGAAAGGAAGCUGGUAGCUCAGGAGGCACAAUUCAAGCGAGAGACACUCACUCAUAACAAAACCCUCUCUAUGGAAAGAGAGCGUACAUGUAACAAAUCUGGAAGGUGGUUCCAUAUAGACGUUUCAGAAGACAGAGGUCAUAACUGUGAUUCAGUUAAGAAAACUUUCCCUAAAAAUUCAGUGGUAAUAAAACAUACAGGAAUCUAUGCAGGAAAGAAACUUUUCAAAUGUAAUGAAUGUAAGAAAACUUUUACCCAGAGCUCAUCCCUUACUGUUCACCAGAGAAUUCAUACUGGAGAGAAACCCUAUAAAUGUAAUGAAUGUGGGAAGGCCUUCAGUGAUGGCUCAUCCUUUGCUCGACAUCAGAGAUGUCACACUGGCAAGAAGCCCUAUGAAUGUAUUGACUGUGGAAAAGCUUUCAUACAGAACACAUCCCUUAUUCGUCACUGGAGAUAUUAUCACACUGGGGAAAAACCCUUUGAUUGCAUUGACUGUGGGAAAGCCUUCAGUGAUCACAUAGGACUUAAUCAACAUAGGAGAAUUCAUACUGGAGAGAAACCCUACAAAUGUGAUGUGUGUGACAAAUCCUUUAGGUAUGGCUCAUCCCUUACUGUCCAUCAAAGGAUUCAUACUGGAGAAAAACCGUAUGAAUGUGAUGUUUGUAGAAAAGCCUUCAGUCAUCAUGCAUCACUCACUCAGCAUCAAAGAGUGCAUUCUGGAGAAAAGCCUUUUAAAUGUAAAGAAUGUGGGAAAGCUUUUAGGCAGAAUAUACACCUUGCUAGUCAUUUGAGGAUUCAUACCGGAGAGAAGCCCUUUGAAUGUGGGGAAUGUGGUAAAUCCUUCAGCAUCAGUUCACAGCUGGCCACCCACCAGAGAAUUCAUACUGGAGAGAAGCCCUAUGAAUGUAAGGUUUGUAGUAAAGCAUUCACCCAGAAAGCUCACCUUGCACAGCAUCAGAAAACUCAUACCGGAGAGAAACCAUAUGAGUGUAAGGAAUGUGGUAAAGCCUUCAGCCAGACCACACAUCUUAUUCAACAUCAGAGAGUUCAUACUGGAGAAAAACCAUAUAAAUGUAUUGAAUGUGGGAAGGCCUUUGGUGACAACUCAUCCUGUACUCAACAUCAGAGGCUUCACACUGGCCAAAGACCUUAUGAGUGUAUUGAAUGUGGGAAGGCAUUCAAGACAAAGUCAUCCCUUAUUUGUCAUCGCAGAAGUCACACUGGCGAGAAACCUUAUGAAUGUAGUGCAUGUGGCAAAGCCUUUAGCCAUCGUCAAUCUCUUAGUGUACAUCAGAGAAUUCAUUCUGGAAAGAAACCAUAUGAAUGCAAGGAAUGUAGGAAAACCUUCAUCCAAAUUGGUCACCUUAAUCAACACAAAAGAGUCCAUACUGGAGAGAGAUCGUAUAACUAUAAGAAAAGCAGAAAAGUCUUCAGGCAGAGUACACAUUUUGCUCAUCAGAGAAUUCAUACUGGAGAGUCAUCCACACGCCCCCCUUUACCUUCCACAUCAACUCCUGUGGAUCUGUUCCCCAAAUUUCUCUGGAAUCCAUCCUCACUCCCAUCACCAUAGUCUCAAGACAUCAUUAUUUCAGCUAGACUACUCCACUAGUUUAAAAAAACUUGUCUCUCUGCUCUUUUUGUUUUUGUCCUUUACAAGUUUGUUCUUCACGUUGCAGUCAGAUUGACUUUAUUAAGUGUAAAUGCAAUUCAUUCACUCCUCAUGUAAAAAUUUGUGUUGAGAUCUUUUAAAUUGGUUAAUGCAUAAGAUAUUCUUAGCACGGAGGCUGAUCCAUACUAAGUGUUGAGUAAUUUUAGCUCUUUUAAAAACAUUAUUUUGGGACAUUGAAGAGUUACCAGAGUUAACUCUGAGUAGAAGUGAUGCAUAGAAUGAGGCUAGGAGAAACCAGAUUUUAGAUCAGGAACGGGAGUUUCAAGGUAGCCAGUGAGGCUUUACCAGUGUUGGUGUGAAACUUGAUUCCAUAGGUUGAGUUAGUAUUGUGGCUUACCAUCUUAUCUGCAUAAAUGUAAGGUGAUGUGACCUUGUUGGUGAGGAAAUUCAACUUCGCUAUACAUUUGCCAACAGUCUUAGAAAGUGUGUGGAGAGAAUGGAUGAGUGGGCCACUUGGAACAAAAGAACUGAAACAAUCAGAAAAAUGCGAGAUUUACAUGCAUAAGUUAAAACUACUGACGUGUUACUAAGAAUUAGAAAAUUUAGCAAGAUUUGACCUAUUUAAAGUCACCUGGGCUUAUGAAUUAAUCCUAUUAAACUUUCAAGGAACUGUUAACCUUGAGGUAAACUGAUCUAGAGUAGGUGUCAGCAAACUAUGACUUAUGGCCAGAGUCUCAUUGACUGUUUCCAUAUGGCCCAUGAUGUAAAUUUUAAGAAAAUUUUAAAUAGUUGAACAAGUGAAAAUAAUAUUUUAUGACAACAUGAAAAUUAUAUGAAAUUUAAAUUUCAGUGUCUGUAAAUAAAGUUUUAUUGGCUCACAGCCACACUCAUUUGUUUACAUAUUGCCUGUGGCUCCCUUCACUCUACAGUGGCAAAGAUGAGUAGGUGCAACAGACAACAUGGCCUGCAAAACCUCAGACAGUUACUCUCUAUCCUUUUACAGAAAAAGUUUGCCAACCCCUGCUCUAGUGCAGAGAAGAAUAUGCAAAAGGUUCUAAUUAUGUCUAUGAGGGUAAUACAACCCUCACAUCAAAAACAAGAAAAACUAUAAAACAAUUUAUGAAUAAAGUUGAAAGGAAAUUAUUAAACUGCAUUGAACAAGAAAAAAGAUGUCAACAGAAGAAAUACGAUAUUUUUCUAGAUGAAAUACUCAAUACUAUUAAAAUGUUUGUAAAUUGUCAUUCACAGCAGAGCCCCAGUAGGAUAUGUUUACUUUGACAGUUUUAGUUAAAACAACACGAGGAAGGACAAUUUGGCAAGCAUAGCAGGGAAAUUUUUGAAAUAGAUUUCUUUGCAUUUGAGAUUUUGGUAUAUAAUAAAACUGGUUUUUCAUUAUUGGAGAGAUGAUGUUUUUGACAGUUGGUUAGCCAAUCUCCAAAAAAGAAAAGUUAGAAGCACACUUAUACCUUACAGAGAAAUAUAAUACAAUUGUAUUUAACAUCUCUAAUUAUUAAAUAAUAUGUUAGAGGCAAACUAGAAAAGAGGAAGGCUCUAAGUAGGACAUGGAGUUCUAGAAGACCUAAGGAAGAGAGUAAGCUGGCCUAUACAAAGAUUUACAACUUUGUUGUGGUGAAAGUCACCAAAAAGAUGUAAAAGGCAGUUGACAGAAAAUAUACACACUUAUAUGAAAGAAUAUAUCAUUUAGGAACAAAGUGUUAUUACACAUACAAAGCAGUGGGAAGAAAAUUGGCAGUGCAUACCAACAGGCAUGUCACAGUUGAAGAACUCGAAUAAAGAAAAUUUGUGAAGUUCUUAACCUCAUUAAUCAGAAAAUUACUAAUUAAAAUUUCUUGGCUCUCAGAUUAAAAUCUAAAAUUUGGAUAAUAUCCAACACUGCUAUCAGUGUGGGAAAACAGGUACUUGUUCAUCAUUAGCAGUGUAAAUUCAUCUCCUACCUUUUUGGAUGGCAAUAUGGCAUGAUCUAUCAACAUAAUAAAUGUGCAUUCCCUUUGAAACAGUAAUUCUAGAUCUAGGAAUUGUAUCUCAUUGGAAUAAAUAGGUAGAUGUAAAUAAUAUUUAUUGCAGAAUUGUUUUAAUUAUGACAAAUAGGAUUUCAGUGUCCUGCCAAGCAGAUUGAUUAAAUUGUGAUUAUUCAAUACUGUGUUGUUCAGUUAGUAGAAGGAGGUUAAGCUCUAUGUAUGCUUCUAUGGAGAGUUGUCUGUCCACAAUAUAUUAAAUGAAAUAUGUGAUUUGCAGAACCUUAUGUGUAAAAUGAUCUUGUAGUCAUAGAGUCAAAAUUAAUAUUGAAUAUAUAUAUGUGUGUGUGUAUAUAUGUGUGUGUGUACAUAUAUAUAUAUUCAGUAUAUAUGUUGAAAUAUGUUUUUGUCUUUAACACACAUACUUUCCCUAGCUAUUUGAAGACACUUUUUGUUCUUCAUUUUAUAUUGUUCUGGUGAACUGCUAGUCACACAUGGCUCCAAUUAAGCCAAUCAGAUUUUUCAUUCUUUGUAUUUUGAUUGGAUACACAGGGACAGUAGCAGGGCCAAUAUUCAGCUUUAUGCAUGGCCAUAAUGGAUGUUUUCUUUCAGUCAGUAUUCAUUUUGAUUGGUUGGGGCCCUUUUUGUACUAGCUGUUAAAUAUAUGGAAUAUCACUCCUGGAGUGGAAGUAAUUGGAAUUGAGUCAUCCUUUUGGCAGCAUCCUAAAGAUUUCUGCAUCUCUAUACCUAUCACUCUAGUCCAUUAAAAUGACUCCUGCUUUCUCACAUCCUAGUUUUGUUCAGUUCUUUAAAUCUGCGGGGCACCUGGUAUUCUUCCAAUAUUUAAAUUAUUUUAAAUUAGAGUUAUCAUCUUUCAACCAAGAAAGCUGGGCCAUAUAGAGAAACUGAUACUAGAGAAUGAUUAUCAGACUGUAGAGAAGCAGAGUAUUAAGGAUUGAUUAUUGAAUAAGAUAGAUCAAAAGACAGAGAAACUUGUAAUCCUGUUUUGUACCAGGAGAGGAUAUUCAUGAUACAGCAGGAUCAUAAGCUCAUUGUGCAUGAGGGGAUUGAUAGCUCUUACCAAAAACUAAAGGUGAAGAAGAAUGCUAGUUCCAAAAGUAUAUGUGAUGCUUGUUUAUAAUGAAAUUGGAUAGGUAAAAGGCCACUUGAAAUUCUGACCUUAAGCAAGAAAUUGAAGUCAGGGCCCUUUUAUAAUUGUGUUAGGAAUCAUCUUACUGCUUCUAACCAUGAGGGUGCAAUUGCUGAAGCCUAAAUGCAACAGUAGAUCCAGUUAGUUGCUGAACUGUGAUGCUUACUGAAUUCCUAACCUUGCCACUUCUCUUAAAUGAAAUUUAUGUCUUGGGAAAGAUUUGAAUCCACGUUAUUGUAAUGGGGCUAUCAUGAAGGAUUCAAGGGUCUUAGAAAACUUCGACUCUCUCUCAAACCGUAAGAAUCUUCCCUACUAAUUCUCCUUGCUGUACCUCCCUUGAGUCUGCUUUUCUAGUUCCACCAUCAUUGCUUGGUUGGUAAUCAAAAUCGGAAUUUAAUAUGACCUGUAACUUGAAAUACAAAAAGAUAGGGAGGAGAUUACUCUCACCCAGACAUAUUUAAUAUCCUUCACUAAUUAUACCAUCAAAAAUCUAGGGAACAUUUUUGGAAAUGUAUUUUGAGAGUUAGAAAGUACUUUGUAUAAUAUAUAAAGACUUGAAAGAAUUCAAGAGUUUAUAAUGCUGGAUUAGAUUAUUUAUGUCCAUGCCCUUCACUCAUCUUUUGCAAGGUCCUGUCAGGACCCAGUAGCUUUUGUAUGUUCUUUUGACAUAAAAGAAGCACUAACAUCUUAAAUUUUUCCUAACAUCUCCUCCUCUAGUUACUGGGACUUCUCAUAAAAGUGAUUGCACUUGGAAAGGGUAUCUUAUUUCUGUAGUGAAAAAGGACACGUGUAGUAGCUGAAUUACAGGGUAUCGGUUAACCAUGAGAAGAAAGUGCAAUGGUCAUAAUAAACCUCAGACUCCAAGAAUGUUCUGAUAUCCGCUAUUUCCACUGUAUUUAAUAAUUGAUCCCCAGGGUUGAAACUACACUACGGUCUUGUUUUAAUUAAAAACACUCCAUCGCAUGGCACCAAGUCCCACAUUGACUUCAGUCAGUUGAAAAGGUGGUGAGUACUCCUGAGUGAUUGUAAUUAAAAUCACUAUGAACAUUUCCACUGGAAUUCCUAAAAGACUUGCAUUUAUGCAGAGUAAGGGCUUAUGGGGAAUUCUUACCUAGUGUAGCUUAUAGCAGGUCCAGUGCCCACAAACCCGUACUAUGGUUAUUUCCCCAGGUCCUGGGUAUGUAUUUGUUAAUGAUAUCUGUGAUAUGACUAUAUGACCACCAAAAGUUUGUGCUUCCUUUCCAUUGUCUGGAAUUGAUUCUGGAAUGUGACUGCCCAGGUACAUCCUACAUUACUCAGGCACUAUUGCUUCUAGUUUUGGCUAUAAGAUUAAUUUUCUUCAAUGUGGUUUGAAUAGGAGUGAUGUAUGUCACUCAGGGCUUGAUUAUUAAGAAGGGGAUGUGCCAUCUAGCUGGAAGAAGGUUCAAUAUCUAGAAUGCAAUAAAAAUUAUUAGAUAUAUGAAUCUUUCUCUAUGACAAAAAACAAAACAUAAGCCACAUUCAAAAGGAAAAAGCAACUGAGACCAGUCCUGAGAUAACCCAGAUAUUGCUGUUAGUAAACAAGAAUGUUAAAGCUGCUAUUAUAAUUAUUCUGAAGGAUAUAAAGGAACGUGUGAGAUUAACGAAUGAGCAGAUGCGAAUUUUAGCAAAUGAACACAAACAAUUUGGAAAUAGGAUUUCUAAAACUGAGAAAUACCGUAUUUGAAAGUAAAAGUUAACUGGAUAGGUUUAACAGCAAAUUGGAGGUGGCAGAAGAGUCAAUUAAGUUGAAUAUAGAUAAGUUAAUCUGAAAUACAGAAAGAAAAGAUUGAAAGAAAAUGAAUAAUACUUCAGUGACGUGUGAUAAUAUAAAAAGAUCUAACACACAUGUAAUUGGAGUUACAAAAGCAGAGGAAAAGGGAUGGAAUAGAAAACCUGUUUGAAUAAUGUCCAGAAAUUUCCCAAAUUUGGUGAAAGAUACAUAUUUCUACAUUCUAGAAUGUCAUAAAACCCAAGCAGGAUAAAUACAACGAAGACCACACCUGGGGGGCAUCACUAUGAAUCUUCUGAAAUGCAAAGAUAAAAAGAAAACCUUAAAAGUGGCCAAACAAAAAUGAUACAUUACAGACAAGAACAAUGAUAUGAAUGAUGGCUGGCUUUUCAUAACCGGAAACAGAGGACAGAGGACAGUGGAAUGAUACUUUUUUAAGUGCAGGGAGGAAAAGGGAAAAAAAAACCUUUCAAGCUAGAAUUCUAUAUCCAGAGAAAAUGUCCUUCAAAAUGGAGGUAAAAUAGACAUUUUUAGAUAAACAAAAGCUAUGAAUUGGUUACUAGCAAAUCUACAUGACAAAAAAUGCUAAAAGGAAGUUCCUCAGGCUUGAGGUAAAUGUUGGUUGAUAACUUGUAUCUUCAGGAAGGAAUGAAGAGCAUCAGAAGUGGUAAAUAUGUGGGUAAAUUUUUAAAACCUAACAUUUAUUCUCUUUGUUUUUACAAACUUCAUCUAAAACAUGAUUGUUAAAGUCAAAAUUAUAACAUUGUAUCAUGGAGUUUAUAGUGCAUAUAGAUGUAAUAUAUAUAUAUUUCAUAAAUGAUGGAGACAAGUAGAAUUAUAUGUUUGCAAAUUU